AAAUAUUUUGAUAAAAAUCCAUCUUUUCUUAAUGAUCAGGUUCUAGUUUAAGACAAAAAUGUUACGACGAUUUUAUCACGUUUCGUGUGUCACUUUUAAUGUGAAAAAACAAGGCAUGAAGCUUUGUAAAAUGAUCAAUCCAAAAGCAAAAAAGCGGUUCUUCCCAGCAACAUUCGAUGAUAAAAGUAAUAGUUUGCCAAGUGUCAAGAGUUUAACUAAGGUGAAGUACGAGCCCGGUAAACGCGGUGAGCGGCGAAUGGCCAUGCUUAAUAAGAUGUUCAUGAAAAACAUUACUGACCUAAUGUCUACAGGAACCCUGGCUAUGAAUGUGGUUGGCCGCGGUAUUGAAAUAUCUAAAGUGAAGGUAACCCCAGACUUCCAGACAGUGAAUGUGUUUUGGGUAUGCAAAGGGGACUCCACCGACGAAGAGACAGAAGAUGUCCUGAACAAGGUAGCCGGACCUUUAAGAGCCGAGCUGUCCAGUCUACGGGUCAUGGGUGUGGUACCCUACAUACAUUUUAUUAAAGACAGACAAGAGGCGCAGUUAGUGGACCUAGACCGGCGGCUCGCCCACGCCGACUAUGGGGAAGACUACGAACCAACAGAUUUAGGCCAUCUGCUCAGAACGGAGUUCACACUCAAUACUAAAUUAUCGCCAGAAAUGAAGGCGAAAAUAAAACAACUAGAAGACCAGCUACCAAUAGAGGAAGAAAUAAUACCAGAGAUGACCAACAAUGUGUACGGUUUAGAUCACGCCAAGAUCAUGAGCAGGCUUCUAGCCGCGAGGAAAAAGAGUGCAGACGCGUGGAGAAACGUGGAUAUGGAUAACAAUGUGAUAUCGUAUCGGACGCCGGCAGAGACGCCACUGGAUGAAGAGAGCGGGAAUCAGAAGCAGGAAUUAGCCACGUUCCUGUUGAAGAGACAGAUUCAACAAAACAAACUUCACAAAGAGCUUCGCAAUGCACGCGACAACAUAGUGUUAGACGACCGAGAGCGAAAUAUGAAGGAAGAGGAGUACUGGACCGACGACGAACAGUACGAGGAGUAUGAUGACGACAGCUUCUAUGAGGAGCUGAGGCGGUCAGAACAGGACCCGCGAUGAUGUUAGUCCCUUCAUUAUUUAAUUAUAGCUAGUACAACAUUAA